AUGGAAAAUGAUGGGCAAGGUGACUUUAAACUAACAGAUGUACGAUCUCCAAAUGACUGGGAACACGCUGACUUGGGUUCUAAAGAUCGAAACAUAAAGUUCUUAAAAUUAAUGGGAGGAAAUCCUGUACGUGACCAUAAAGGAAAACUAGUAAUCGGAGAAAACAUCGACAAUGUGCACGGUCAAAAUAAAGAUACAUCUGUUAUCAAUGAAGAGCUAGAAAAUCAGUACCUUCAGGGUUUGGAAAAGAGUAUGCAACCAAAUUGUCACCAUGGUUUAGGAAGCCAUACAAUACUAAUCGGUCGAUCAACUCAUAUAUUGUUAUUCAUUCGGGUUUUUAUUUUGCGGUUGCUUUGCACGUUUUGUGAAGGUACUCAACAAAAUGAGUUCCCCUACCAAUGAAUAAAUAUGUAACCAAUGGUUAACCAUUGGUUAUAUGUUAGUGCCCAAAAUAUGUUUUGAACAAAACCAAAUCUAAUGCUUUCGAAUUAGUACUGAAGUGCUAAUUGGUAAAUCAAGCCUACUAAAUUUUUAGAAAAAGAUAGCAUUCUGGGUAGGUCACUUCACUUAUUCUUACCCUUUGAGGCUGUCUGGAUAUGUUCGAAGAGCAAACCGUUUUUCUUUAACACUAGUCUUAACUAGUCACGAGAAAUCUAAAUCUUUGUUCCGAAUUGAAGUUGCUUCUAAAGCGAUCGCGAUAACCAUUUGCUUCUUAUCGUCAAUCAGGAAGCAAUACAUCUGAGUUGUUUAUGGUAGAAACAAUGAAUAACUAAGAAUAUAUAGUUUUUACAUGAGUAUUGAGCUUUUUGGAGUCAGCUAUAAUUCCUUAGACGUUAAGGUUCGGGCUUAUGACUGCGGUUGGUUUAUUUAUACCCUGAAUCUAAUCCUGAAGUGUAAUUCUAAUUCUAUAAUGCAACAAACGUUUCAACGAAAUAUCACUCCAUCUGCCUUUAAUUUAUAUCCGUUGAAAUUAUUUCUAUCACUUCAUUACAACUGAGUGAUUUUUCCGGUUAAUCCAACAUCAUACGGAUAUUUAGUAAUAUAUUCCAUACUAGAAUUAUCAUACGGUCGAUGACCAACAUUCUGGUUUAGCAUUUUACCACGACCGUAAUUCAGC